CCUAAAACAAAUAAAUAACAAUCCAGCUUACGCCUAAAACCUUCCUGCAUCCCUCCCUCCUCCUCCUUUCUCCUCCUUUCGAAACGUUUAUUCGUAAAAACCGUUUCUAGGGUUUUACUAAGUUGUCAGAACCCACGUUUCUUUUCUGAUUAAAUCAUCUUCUCUUCCAAUAAAUCUGUCAUUUUGCCGCAAAUCCCCCCAGUAAUUUCACGAGCUUGUGAUUUGCCUAAUAUGUCGUCGUUUUAGACCUCCUUCGUUUUCCCUAGCUUGGUUUUAGGGUUUAUGUCACAUGUAAUUCCUUGAUUCGCUCCGCAGCUUGUAUUUGCUUUUGCAAUUGAAGAGUUUUUUUUUUUUUUUUAAUUUUUAUUUCUUGGAUUCGUUUUUCUUGGAAUUCAAAUUUGUUCUUUGUUGGUGGGUUUUGGAGGUGGAAUGAAUAGUGUCUUCAGUGAACAGAUACUAGCAGAUAAGCUCUCCAAGCUCAAUAGCACCCAACAGUGUAUUGAAACAUUGUCACAUUGGUGUAUAUUUCAUCGGAGCAAAGCAGAACAGGUUGUUGCAACAUGGGAUAAACAAUUCCAUAGCUCAGAAAUGGUUCAGAAAGUUCCUCUUUUGUACCUUGCCAAUGACAUCCUACAGAACAGCAAACGCAAAGGGAAUGAAUUUGUUACUGAGUUCUGGAAAGUUCUUCCGGCAGCUGUCAAAGAUGUGCUUGAAAAAGGUGAUGAUCGUGGGAAGAGUGCGGUUUCUAGACUGGUUGGUAUAUGGGAAGAAAGGAGGGUAUUUGGUUCUCGUGCACGAAGCUUAAAAGAAGUGAUGUUUGGUGAAGAAGUGCCCCCACCUUUGGAAUUUAGUAAAAAACGAUCGCGUUCUGUCAAGAUUGUGAAGCGGGAUUCACGAUCCAUUAGAACGAAAUUAUCCAUUGGGGGAUCAGCGGAAAAAAUAGUGUCAGCCUUUCAUUUGGUUCUCAGUGAACAGUCCAAUGAAGAUGAAGAGAUGAACAAAUGUAAAUUGGCCGUUAAUCGAGUAAGGAAGAUUGAAAAAGAAGUGGAUGUUGCUUGUACCAUUGCAAAAGAUCCUAAACGAAAAAGUUUGGCAAUGGAACUAGAGGAGGAAGAAAAUCUUCUGAAACAAUGCAUCCAGAAACUUAAAUCAGUUGAAGCAAGUAGAGUAGCACUUGUAUCCCAGCUAAAAGAAGCUCUUCAUGAACAGGAAUCUGAACUGGAGAAUGUCCGAACCCAGAUGCAGGUUGCACAGGCACAGGCAGAGCAAGCCUGCAACAUGCGGAGGCAACUUCGUGAUGAAGACUACGUAACAAAACCAUCUGCUACUAUGUCAGCAAGUGAUGCAGAUACAAAAGGUGGACAAACACCUUGGAGGACAGCUGCAGCCAUUGCAGCUGCAGUUGCAGACAAGCUUGCUGCUUCUAGUUCCUCUCAAAUGAUCAUGCAUUCUGUUCUCUCAACAUUUGCAGCUGAAGAAGCUAAGAAUGCUAGUCUAUCAAAGGCCUCUGCUUAUUCAAAUUCUUUCACAACCAUGCCCAUAAAUUCAGGUGCUGAUUCCAUUUCAAAAUCUGAACAGCCAAUGGCAGCUUCAGAUCCUAAUGUUUUUAUGUCAGCACAACCACUUAUGGCUACGGUUAACCAUUCUUAUCAAUCAGCUCUUGUGCCCCAGCCAGCCAUUCAAAACCAGGCCACGGCCUCGCAAGCUCCAUAUCACAUCAUUCCUCCAUCGCAACAGUAUUUACAGCCAACUGGUGGGGUAAUGGCAUAUGGUGGUUUCAAUAGCAUACCACCAGGACCACUACCACCACCUCCCCAUAUGGUUAGCCCUAUGGUACCAUUGACACAGCAACCAAUGCAAAUAACCCAGCAGCAACAAAUGCCACUGGCCCAGCAACCACCAGCACCUCCUAGUUUCCGGCCACUUCAGCCACCAGGAAUGGUUUAUUAUGGUCAGCCACCCCAUUCUUAGUAAAUAUAAUCUUUUAGGCUGGGCGGAUGUUUUCAAAAUUUUGUUUGUGAGAAAUUGCGGCGUUGUAAUAAUUUCUAUGCAUUAGUCUGACAAUAACUAUACUGGUAUGUUCAAAAUCAUACCCUUAACACAUUUGUGCCAGAUGGGUUCCAUUUCUUUUUAAAGAAUGAACUUGAUCCAUGUAUCCUGGUUAUUCAAAAAGGGACCCUAGCACGGGUUGGCAUCGUUUUCUUUCUUUCUCCUGUUGUAAUUGGAAUU